AUGUCCCCGCACGUCAGGUGUCGAGUGUCCAGAUGGUUCGACAAGGAGAGCCGGCUGCUGUUCUACGCACUGACAGGGCACGAUCGCGCAGCUCAGGUCUCUUCAUCCCUCGAGGGAUGCACCGAUAACAAUAUCGAACGAACGGGGACGGAAUGGGAACGGGUUCCGAAAUCGGCAUGUGGCGGCGGGUUCGAUUGCAGCUGCUCCCCAAGCCCGCUGCUGCAUACGAGGACCACCGCGCUCGCCUCCUCCCACCGUUCAUGCAGCAACUACCGCUUACAUGAGCGGGGAGAACCCGGUGACGUCGGCGGCGUACUUGCUCUCUGCGACGAUUUCGCCCGAUGCGUGCGCUACGGAUGGGGUUGGGGUAGGAGUUUCAAGGUGGGGAGGAAAAGGGCGGUAAGGAGGAAGGAGAGGAGGGAGGACGUACCGGUGGGAGAGCAGCGCGAGCAGCGUCGCGUCCAAGUUGAACGUCGCGUCCUCAUCCACCGAUCCACCGUCGUGGUGUCCAGGCGAUACCAAUACGACAUCGCCGCGUCAGAGUCCCCCACCAGGGUAUCCACGUACCGCGCAGAAAUGUUGGGGUUCCCCGAGGACGCGUCCUGGUGGAACUGCCCCGGUGGGAAGGGGGUGUUGUCCGGCGGGAGGGGGGGGCAGCGUGAAGGGGUACUCGAGGCGCCCGUGGGCGUACCGGCGGCGGCUAAGCUGGCGCUGGUGGAUGUAUGCGAGGAGUUUCGUGCCGUUGGAGGCGCAGAGGGCGCGCGGGGCGGGCAGGGCGAGGCGGGCGGUUAG